AUGGCAGAUUCGGAAGUGGUGGGCACCGACGUCUCUGCUGCGACGGCCCCGGCCCCGCCACCACCUGCAGUCCCGUCUCCUUCCGACGAGGCAGCGGUGCUGGACAUUGCGGCGGCCGUGAAAAAGAAGCGGAGGCAGUACCGGCACAGGAAGUUUGGCUGUACGGUGGCCGAGCAUAUCAUGAAGGCGGUGGCAUCCACCAGGGAGCGCCGCCGGGUCUCGGUGGCCGCUAUGAAGAAAGCGCUGUCGCCCAGCGACUAUAACUUGGCCCGCAGUAACUCGCGGGUUAGUCGAACUGUGCGCAGCCCGCCUAGCAAAGGACCGCUGGAGCAAACGGUGGGCUGUGACGCCUCGGGCUCGGCCAGCCUCGGCAACAGUCCGGAGGAAACGACGGCAGCCACCCCCAAGGUGGCCAGGAAGUCCCGAAGGCUGAGGACAACAGGCAGGAAGAGGUGCCAGCGGGUGAAGAGACUGGGCAGGCACCGUAGAAAGUACGGCGCCGUGAAAAAGUCGACCCGCUGGAAAGGCAUCCGGGUGAAGAAAGUGUUGGCGAGCCGCCGGGGCUCGAGAAAGCCCAGGAAGUCUGCGAAGAGCCCAUUAGAGCGCGAACCCAACAGAUUUGGAUCUGAAACCGACUCCAUCCAAACACAAUGA